UUCCACAGUGGGAGGUUUGUGUAUCCUUCAGUCCGUUUCAGAAGCGGAGAGGAUUACCACCGACAACGAGUGCGAUUGAGGAGCGAUUUUGUCGGAUUCGCAUCCCGACACCUUCCUUACAUUUUCGGACGACGUUUCCAGCGCCGAUCGUCGAUGAUUUUCCACGAUUCUCCAAUGGAUUACUAAUUUACCGCAGGGACAUCGCGAUCUGUCGGAUAUAUCAGCUGAAGAUCUGAAAGUGAGUUCACUCGAGAGGAUCACCGUCACCGUGGACGGAGAUGAAGACACUGGAGGAGCCCCCUUACCUGACCGUUGGCACUGACGUGAGCGCCAAAUACAGAGGGGCGUUCUGUGAGGCCAAGAUCAAGACCGCCAAGAGACUCGUCAAAGCAAAGGUCACCUUCAAACCCAGCUCGUCCACUGCGGAGGUGCACGAUGAACACAUCAGAGGAGUGCUGAAGGUUGGCGCUGUGGUGGAAGCCAGGAACCAAGAUGGGAUCUAUCAGGAGGCCACCAUCAACAAACUCACUGACGCUAGUUUGUACACCGUCGUGUUUAAUGACGGUGAUGAGAAGACCCUCAGGCGCUCGUCUCUCUGCCUGAAAGGAGCGCGACACUUCGCUGAGAGUGAGACGCUCGACAGGCUUCCUCUGACGAACCCCGAACACUUCGGCACUCCUGUCAUCGGCAAAAAAGGAAAGCGCGGAGGCCGACGCUCCAAUCCCAUUCAAGAAGAGGAGUCAUCUUCAUCGUCUGGUGAGGAAGAGGAGGGCGAUCAGCAACAAAACGAAGAGCUUUAUGGCAAAGUGGUGUGUGUGGAUGGAGUCGUCACUAGUGACAAAAAGAAAACCACAUGGUAUCCUGCGCUGGUCAUCUCUCCAAACUGUCAUGAAGAUGUGACGUUGAAGAAAGACAACGUUUUUGUUCGCUCCUUCAAAGAUGGAAAAUUUUACACAGUUUUGUGGAAAGACAUUCGAGUGCUGGAUGAAGAGAAAGCUCCUAAAGCGGACGCAGGACUCAGACCAGCGUUAGAUGCAGCGUGGGAUUUCCAGCGUAACGGCACUGUGCCCAACACGUGGAGGACGGAGGUGAAGGAUGAAAGCUCCAGCAGUGAGGAAGAGGAGGAGGAGGAACAAGAGGAAGAGGCCAGCAGCGAGGAGGAAGAGGAGGAAGUAGAGCCGUUCCCAGAAGAGAAGGACAACUUCCUGCAGCAGCUUUACAAAUUUAUGGAGGAUAGAGGAACUCCUAUCAAUAAGCGACCGGUGCUGGGCUACAGGAAUCUCAAUCUUUUUAAACUCUACAGGCUGGUGCAUAAGCUCGGAGGAUUUGACAAAAUCGAGAGCGGAUCUGUCUGGAAGCAGGUGUAUCAGGAUCUGGGCAUCCCCGUGCUCAACUCCGCAGCCGGUUACAACGUCAAAUGUGCUUACAGAAAGUACGUGCAUCCUUCAGAGGAGAACGCAGAAUCCACAGCACCGUGUGAAGAUAAAGCGGACAUCAGCAGCGUAAAUGAGGAGGACGAUAACCACGCUGAUGAAGAGGAGAACGAUACGAAAGAGGAGGCCGAAGAGUGCAUCCCGACAGCGCAGAGUCCCGUCACUGAGAGCGUGAAGGAGGAACCGUGUGAGGAACCCGAUAACAAAGAUCUGUCAGGGGAUGUCAGCAGUCAGGAGUGGGAGGAAGGGGAGGAGUUUGAGUGUUACCCUCCUGGGAUGAAGGUGCAGGUGAGGUAUGGGCGAGGCCGCAAUCAGAAGACGUACGAAGCCACUGUGAAAGAGUCAGACCUGGAGGGGGGAGAGGUGCGCUACCUGGUGCACUACUGUGGCUGGAACAUCAGGUAUGACGAGUGGAUCAAAGCUGAUAAGAUUGUCAGGCCAGCCAAUAAGAACGUCCCUAAAAUAAAGCACCGCAAAAAAAUAAAGAAUAAAGCAGAACAAGAAAGAGACCGAAUAGAGAGACUGACAGACAGAGAGGAUCUUCCUUCACCCAAAAAUCGCAUCAACCGAUUGUCCAAACCAAACUCUGGCAGUGAUGCUUUCUCCACGAAGGAGUAUGGCGAUGAAGGAAGCCAGCAGACGCCUGUCAAGCCCAUUGAGAUCACAUCCAUUCUCAACGGCCUCCCAGGCUCUGAAAGCUCCACAGACGACAGUGAGCGAGAAGACGAUGGUGACGCUGAUCACGACGAAGAGGAUCAUCCAGGAGCACGAGCGAGCCUUCGGAAAGCAGGUCUUCCAGAGCGCCCGAUUACGCCAAAGCACUGGGAGAGCGGAAGUCCGUCUGAAGCCUUUAAAGCUCCCGCGGUCGCAGACGAGGGGCCGAGUGUCCAGGACAGCCCCCAAACAGGCAAGAGAAAGGGCCAAUUUGAGGUGGAGCUCGAAGGUUCUGGCGGCAGAAGAAAAAAGGCACAAGGUCAAGGCGAACGCGCUUUGAAAAGCCCAGUGAAAGGCAAAACUAGAAGCAGCAGAGGAGGCGAUUGGCUGCCAAGUAGUUCGCCCAAAAAGUUAGAAGAACGAGGCCCGGUGGAGGAUAGAGGCGCUCAAUCGUGUAGCAGCUCUGAAGACGAAGCAGAUUUUCCAACAGAACCACAAACCAAGGAAGAACCAAGAGGAAACCCCAAAACCAAGGGCUCGCCUUCAAAGAAAUACAACGGAGUGAAGGAGAAGAAUAAAAGCGGGCGUUCGGGAUUCUGGGAGAUCCCGGAGAAAAGAGCCAAAAUAUCCACAGGGAUUGAAGAAAGGUCGCCUGGCUGUCGUACCAAAGGCCAGAAGGACGUGUGGUCCAGUAUCCAAGUUCAGUGGCCCAAGAAGACCCUAAAGGAGCUGUUUUCGGACUCUGAUACCGAGGCGGCCAACUCACCUCCGCCCACCGUAACGGCUCCGGACGAGCCCUGCAUCGAACCCUCCCGGGACGAGGAGGUCGCCGAGGACAAGCUGCAGGAGCAUCCGAGCAGCGGCACCAAUUCGGUCCUCAACACUCCUCCGACUACGCCGGAGUCGCCCGCCGAGGUCCGAGCGCCGUCGCCGCCCGCCAGUCCUCCAGCUGUCUCUUCACCGACAGGAGCUCUGAUGGAGGAGCAGGCGGGGGGGCGCAGCGAGUCCGACAGCAGCACGGUGGAGGUGGAGAGCUUGGGUGGAGAAAUCCAGGAGAUUCCUCAAGAAGAGGGGGCAGGUUCCCCUUCCAAGGCCUUCGAUGGAAACCUGUCGUGCAACAGUAACAGCAACUGUAGCCUCACGCUAAGCAACUGCAGCCAGCAGGAGAGCGAGCAGAAAAAUAAAGCCUCAUCCAGUCAGAAGCGGCACAAGGAGUCUCAAGGCGGCGGAGCAUCAAAGAAACACAAGCGCAGUCAUAAAAACCUGAGCUUACAUCCCAAGAAGAACCGCAAACCAGCCCACAGCAGUGACAGUGAGGACCAGUGUAUGAGCGAGAGCACUGCCAAAUCCCCCACAUCCAAGAGCAGCAGCGAGCUGAAGCGGACGCCCCCCUCAGGCCACAAGUACCACAAACACGGCGAUCCGGAUCACUCCCACGGCCGGAGCAAGUGGAGCUUCCAGAUGACGGACCUGGAAAAGAUGAGCAGUCUAGAGCGGAUAGCGUUCCUUCAGGAGAAACUGCAGGACAUCAGGAAUCACUACCUCCUGCUCAAAUCUGAGGUGGCCUCCAUCGACAGGAGACGCAAGCGCAUGAAGAAGAAAGAGAGAGAGACAGGCGCAGCGGCGGCCUCGUCCUCGUCUUCAUCCUCGCCGUCCUCCAGCUCUCUGACGGCGGCUGUCAUGCUGACGCUGGCCGAGCCCACAGUGUCCGGCGCGCCGCAGACCUCGGGGCUGUCUGUGGAGUGCAGGUGACAGCAGCGGGACGCCGGCGGCGAGCAGCACAGAGCACUUAACCAGCACCCGGCCCACCUCAACACUGACGGACACAGCGACGGGACGAAACCAGAGCCACCAGACAGCAACAAGCACUAUUUUAUAUCAACAACUGUUUCCUCGGCAAGCUAAUUGCACUCAAGUGCACUUUCUUUCUGAGAGUUGUGGGUGGGUCGGGUUUGACAACAGGACUAUUUCUGUUUGUUCGUCCGUUCGUUUUACAAACCAAUCCCAUUGAUUUUUGACCAUUAUGAAUAUUUGAUUCUGUCUUUGAAUAUGAAUUCAUCCACAGUGACUGAACACUGUAAUUCACCCUCAGAUCCACCGGUCCUGGGCCGGAGCCGUUAAAGAGGCGGCAGAGUUUAGAAACAUGGGAAUUCACUGACGGUCAGUUUGGGCACUCGUGAGGAAUGCUGGGAAGCGCUCAGUGCUGGCUAACCUGUAAUCCAGGGGUAGAUGUGUGUUUCAUAACAGAGCCCAAACUCACAUGAAACAAAAUAUCUGCUUUUCUUUUUAAUCAUAACAGGAAUCAAGAGUCUGUCCAGGUCAUAUU